GACAACCCCAAGUACAGUGUCUUCGGGGAGAUAACCCCGGUAGCAAUGUUGAGGAACGUCCCGAUCAACUCAGAGGUUCUCCGGAGAGGCGUAAGCAGAGCGAUAACACCGCAGGAAACCGCAAUCAAUGUAGAGUUGAUUCUCCGACAAAUAGCGAUUAUGAAAUGUAUAAUGAAGAAAUGCAGACUCAGGAGCAGAUUCAGAAGCAACGCUCGUUGCAAGCAAGCGAACAGAUGCUGUAUGAUGGUUAUGAACACACCAUCGGCAUGAUUGAGGAAUUGGAGAAACAUGAAGGUCACAAUGUGUCGGCAGGUUUCUCGGGAUUGUUGGAGCAGAUUAUCCCAAAGGGAACCAAUAAACCCAAACAUGAUGUCACGGCCAUAAUAGAAGCUGAGCUUACUUGCCUUGAUGUUCAAAUGACUUUUGCUCCACCCGAGGUAACAAGGGCAGCCAGAAUGAAGUUGGUGGAGAAAACACUGAAAUGGGUGGCAGCCAGAAGAGAAAAAGGAAUCAAACCAAGUUCCGUCGAUGCCUACACAAAGAAUGUGGUACAAGUCCUGCUAAAACCAGAUUCGGUGAAGUUUCCAGAAAGGGAACGAGAUCCAAGACCUCCCCG